CGCCGUUGACACAGGAACGAUCCUCACAUAGCUGAUCACCAUGAAUUGGGCAUCGUUGUGGUUGUACGCAAAAAUCUUGGUUUGGACGACGAUCCUAGCGGUGCUGACCUACGGACUUUUCAAACUGUUCAAAUGGCGCCUGAGGACGUUUUCCUACUUCAAAGAAAUCGGAAUACCUGGCCCAAAACCCAACUUGCUGUGGGGAAACCUGGCAGAAUAUCACGGAAAGGGUCUGGUGAAAUGCCUGACAGAAUGGUGCGACAAGUACGGAGACGUGUUCGGUUUCUACAACGGUGACGUGCCAACCUUGGUGAUCAAGGACAUUGAAUUCCUGACCUAUAUAUUUGUGAAAAACUUCCAGGAUUUCACUAGCCGAGGGUCCACCAUGAGGACCGAUGAAGAGCACAGAUUCCUAGGACAAAGUCUUCUGCAUGCGCGUGGCGUACAGUGGAAGAGAACUCGCAGCUGCGUUUCCUACGCGUUCACGGCCAACAAGUUUAAGCAGAUGAUUCCGUACAUGUCUCACGUGGCUGACGUAUUCGUCCAAAUACUGGGCGAGAAGGCGGAUGCUGGCAAAGAGUACCCGAUGCUGCGUCUCUUCCAAGGCCUCACCAUGGACUAUGUGGGCCGGGCCGCGUUCGGGUUCGACUGCACUUUCCAGCGAGAGCUCACGCACCCCUUCCUCAAGACAGCGCAGGGCGUGCUGCCUGGCGUAAUGACCGGACCGUUUCACAUGUUAGCCCAUUCCACAACAACAAUGGCGAAAUACGUAGCCCCGAUCCUUUGGCUCAAUGAAAAAUUUGGCACGUUCAGCUACGAUGUAUUCAAGAAGCAUACAUCGAAGGUCAUUCAGCUUCGUAUGAAAAAUCCUGAGGCAAGAAAGCCGGAUAUGCUGCAGACGAUGCUUGAUGUCGAAAGCGAAGAAGGGCAGCUUCCAGAAUCACCCCAACUUCUCGAUGCUGAUGCCAAGCUCUACAAAAGAAUGAGCCCUGAAGAAGUCGGCAUCAACACUACCAUUCUAUUCAUUGCCGGCUUCGAGACGACGGCUACAGGGCUGAGCUACCUCGCCUACAUUCUUGCCAAACAUCAGGAUGUCCAGGAGCAGGUCCGGGAGGAAGUAAAAUCUGUGAUUGAGCGUCAUGGUGCCCUGGAUUACACGGCGGUAACGCAAAGCCUGAAAUACUUCAGCAGAGUUGUGGACGAGACGCUUCGUAUGUUCCCUCCGGUCGUGACUUUUACAACCAGGAGUGCCAUUAAUGACUUUGAGUAUAACGGAAUCAAGUUCAAGGCCGGCACCAGCAUUUUGUCGCCAACCAUUCAAAUCCACAUGGACCCUCGAAUCUGGCCUAACCCGGAGAAGUUUGACCCGGAAAGGUUUUUGCCGGAGAACGUUGCUGCGAGGCCAACAAUCGCGUACCAGCCAUUCGGCGAUGGUCCGAGGAACUGCAUCGGGAAGCGGCUUGCUCUUCUAGAGGUCAUAUACACGGGUGCAAGGAUGGUGGAAAAGUUCAAGCUAACAUUAGGAGAGUCUCAGAAGGAUCGAAUGGUUAUGGACUACUACGCCAUGGUCUCAUCGCCCGGUGAUGGCCCCUACAUUGUGUUUCAUCGAAUUUGACAAGUGAAGAUAGAGCGUCCACUCCGUCUCCAUGCAAGAUCAAAAGAAUCGUGUCGAUAGCCUACAGGGACGCAUAAGUUUCAUCCUCUUAGCUGUGUUUCACGCUAAUCAUGUCAAGCAAUGACGUCAUCGUAAUGUACUGCACACAUAACAAAUAGCCUGAAUAAAGGUAUACUAAAAAAAAUAGAAAUAGAAAUAAUGCACCUUCACACAAGCUUGAAUAAAUUGUGGAGGUAGGUGAC